UCCAGUUUACCCUCCUCCCCUCUUUAACUUUGAUGAGCCUGUUUCUUUCCUGUUAUCUCCAUUCAAAUAAAGGACGCCAAUGGGUCACACAGUCACUGCUGUCGUUGACAACAUGUGGACAUUUUUCUCUUUACUAUUUGAAUCGUGAUGGAUUCACGUGGACGUAUGGAUACAGUUGGCGAGGACGACAGGCGGAGACGCACGAGGAGCGCGCGAGCCUCCUGCAGACAACAAGCCAGAGCACGAGCCGACGAGGCGAAAGUGCUGCGGUGUCUUAGCGUGGGAAACACGGGAAAGGACAAUGACAUGGAGGAGGACACUGGUCUCUUCAAGCAGGAUAACCUGGAGCGGAGGAUCAUGGCGCCCCGCUACAGCCUGCUGCGGGAGGUGGGAAGGGGCACAUACGGCGUGGUGUACGAGGCGGUGGCCCGGAGGUCUGGUGCUAAAGUUGCCGUGAAGAAACUGCGCUGCGACGCGCCGGAAAACGUGGAGCUCGCCUUGCAGGAGUUCUGGGCGCUAGCAAGUCUGGAGAAACGGCAUCAAAAUGUGGUCCAGCUGGAAGAGUGUGUGCUGCAGAGGAAUGGCAUGGCCCAGAAAAUGAGUCAUGGGAACAAACGGUCCAAACAGUACCUGCGUCUCGUGGAGACUUCACUAAAAGGUGAGAGAGUGCUUGGUCCUCAAGAAGAGCCUUGUUACUUGUGGUUCGUCAUGGAGUUCUGUGAAGGUGGUGACCUCAAUCAGUUCAUCCUGUCCCGGCGGCCUGACCCGGAAACCAACAAUAGCUUUAUGCUCCAGCUGACCAGUGCUGUCGCUUUCCUGCAUGAAAACAACAUUGUCCACAGGGACCUCAAACCUGACAACAUCCUCAUCUCGGAGAAGUCAGGGGCUCCAGUUCUUAAGGUGGCCGACUUUGGCCUGAGUAAAGUAUGCGCUGGUUUAGGAAACUCCUGCGAAGGCAAAGAAGGCGACGACAAGAACAAACACGUCAACGUCAACAAGUUUUGGUUGUCAUCGGCGUGCGGCUCAGACUUCUUUAUGGCUCCCGAGGUGUGGGAGGGCCACUACACAGCCAAGGCUGACAUAUUUGCCUUAGGCAUCAUCAUCUGGGCCAUGGUGGAGAGAAUUACUUUCAUUGACUCUGAAUCUAAGCGGGAGCUGCUGGGUACAUAUGUGAGACAAGGAGCAGACAUUGUGCCGGUGGGUGAGGCACUGCUAGAGAACCCAAAGAUGGUACUGAACAUCCCACAGAAACGCAGGUCAUGCAUGUCUGAUGGAGUGAGGAAGCUGCUGCGUGACAUGCUCGCUGUCAACCCUCAGGACCGGCCUGAUGCUUUUGAGCUGCAGGCCAGAAUGGACCGGGUUACGUGUGCUACAUGACUCUCAACCAGAUUGUUAUACAGGUACAUGUUUCAGCCUGGAGCUGCUAAAUCAUUGAGGCUCUCCCUGUUUUAAACUGAAGAAUGUAAAGGUAAAAGAGAUGCAAUGGAACAUCCAGAAGGUUGGAUACUGGAAUGGAGAUUUUGUUGUUGUUGUUGUUGUUGUUUUUUUUUUUUUGUUUGUUUGUGUUUGUUUUACUUGUUUAGAGUGAAAGUAUCUGCCAAUUGUGAUAGAGAACGUUUGUCUUGCCCAGGAUAUUAUAAUAAAGCAAGAAACAUCACACCUGCUGCUUAAUGGGAAGCUUGCUUUUAAACUCACAUAGCCAUGCCUAUCAAAGAAUAAAAGUCUGGAGAAAUUCCCAUCACAGAACUUGAGAUGGUGACACUGUGCAAAGGACACCACAGAGAGUGCAGCGAUGGACUCCAAAUUAAAGCUAAGCUGCAGCUUUAGUUUAUAUACAUAUGUGUUCACAGGGGUGAUCGUCUCCAUAUGUCGGCCCCUUAUUCAGAUGUUUUACUUUACUGCCCGUUAGGAUUGUAUUCCACGUGCUUAACUGUCUUGUUGUUGGUUCAUUUCCUGUAGAUCGCCUGUCGUUACAACAGUGAUCUAGUAAACAUAAUUGCCUGCGUCAGAUUUGUGUAUGGCUUUAUGUAAUGACAAAAGACGGUGUCACCUUCCCUUUUUUGUUGUUGGGUUUACAUUUCUUCUGUUGGUUUACACCGAGGUAUAAGUCAUGGUUAGUCUUUGGGAGUCGGUCACGUGUAAAAUCCACUGUCACAAUAUAUGUAAUUUUGUGUGUGUGAGAUGGUACAGUAAAUUGUCUGGGAAUUCAGUUGACACUGGCUAAUCCAGUGACUUAAAUACUUGCGAAAAUCCUGUAAAUGUGGUUCUGUGAUGAAGUAGUCAUGCUCAUUUAACCACAGCAUUGCCUGUAAAAGUGAUAGUUACCUUAGUAUAAACAAUGGAGCCGAAUUUAUAAUGGUUGACAAAUUACUAUAGUCUCAAAAAUUUACAUAUCGCCCAACCCCAUUAGCCACUGGAUAAUUCCAGAUAUUUUCAGCCUGGGUUUUGUUUUCCAAAUGAAACCGUCUCACUGUGGUCAUGUUUUGACAGAUCACUUAAGCUGCUGUCCGGUACAGUCCAAAGGGGAUCAAUGGAAACAAAAUCAAAACAAAUCAUCCACAAGCUGCCGCCUUUAACUGCUGCACCAUUUUUUUAUUAUUAUUUUUUUUUAUGGUAUUGUUGGGCAUUGUUGACACACAACUUAUUUAUUCUGCCACCUUUCAUCAGUUCACAUCAGUGUUGCAAACAGUCCCUCCAUUUAGUGCUCAAAUAUGCAUCUUCAGUGAAACACCGUUAGCAGUACAUUUUGGAAAACUAAAGUGGGUUGAAAAGUAGAAAUAUGCCCCAAAGUAGAUGUGAUAGAAUGAAUGUUAAUUUAUAUCUGGAGACAUGUAAGCUUUUCACAUGCCCCAUGUUAUUUCACUCCACUCCCCAGCGCGUAGAGCAGGUUAUUUGGCAGCCUGUCAUUUAACUUAUUUUUUACACUUUGUAAUUUGAUUUCUACUGAAUUCUUGAUACCUAUGGUGCCUUGAAAGUGCUUGUCAGGUUAAAUGUGGCUCGAGAGAAACUGCUUUGAUUUGAUCUGACACUAAUAAUAAAUAAUUCAGGAUAUAUGGUCUGGAUGUUUUAGUUUCUUCAGUCUUUAGAAUUUAAGUAUGGAAGGGGAACGAAAAAUGUAAUAUGCCUAUGUGGUCAUUGGGAAUGAGAUGUGAAUUGAUUAUUUUUUGCAUUUAACUGUUCUGUGGACCAUUUAUUUGUUGAGUAAAAUCACGGUUUCAAAGGGAGCUGAAGACUUUGUGUUUAAACAGGUUCCAUUCAUGUUAAAGGUGCAAAGCCCCAGAGUUAUUUCAUAACGUUUACGUGCAUUAUAGGUUCUAAACUGUGAUGUGGAUUUGUUUCUUGUUGAGAAAUCAUAAUAGUAAUGUAAGUGUUGGUGAAAUAUUGCUUGUAAUUGUGCCUGUGAUCAAAAGUGAAAUGUAAAAUAACAACAAGUUUAGAAACAUUUUGGAACAAUUAUACAGUGAACCACAGCUGGAUACUGAUAUUUUUGCCGUGAACCAAAGGUCAGAAGACGGGCAGAAACAGAAUGGAAGAAUUUGCUGAAGUUUCUUAUAUGUUGAGCUAAACUGGGAACCUGAGUUAUUUAAAUUUGAUUGUACUACCUCAUGUCUCUGCACAUUUUCACCUUUUCUUUACUAAGCCAUUGUUUCAUUUUUUUCCACCGUAGACAUACCACAGUUGGAGACAAAACCUGUCAGAUUUGAAAGUAACAGCUAUUUCAUGUCACCACAGUGUUUGUUGGGUGUGUGCAGCUUUCCUUGGAUUGCAAACGCAUCGCAUGGGUUUGGAAUAAGCAACACAGCCAUUGGUUGUCUUGUCGGUUGCCUGGCUGUUUCUUUCUGUUUUUACUGAUGCAUUGUGAGAAAUGGGUUUACUUCGGUGCUGAUGUUUACCCACCUUUAGCUAAACACAGGCCAUGAUGUACUUUGGUUAAUUUAUUGAACUGUGAAAAACUUACCUCAGUUCCUCAACUUUGUCUCAUUAAUGUGUGGAUAUUUGAUUGUGCGGUGUGGAGAUGAUAAUCUUGAGCUGAGAUGAUCAACUCGCGCACAGUUUUUAUUUAAUUUUUUUUUUUUUAUUUUUUUUUCUUCUGAAGAUUUAGUGAUUUCUUUUAUUUUACUUAUUCACUCAAAAUAUUCCCUUCCAUACCCAUGUAGCUGCCUGUGGAUGGUUUCCUUUGGUGUUGGAAUAAUGUACCUGUGUGCAGGAACACAGUGCUUGACUAAACUCUAAUGACUAAUAGGUCACUUGUUUUACAUGCAACACUCUUCUAUGCAACGCUGCCUCGCUGGAUAAACUGGAACAAUCCAGGCCUGGCUGGUCUUCUGCUUCUCAUCCUGACAGACUUUACUAACUGCAUCUUGUUGUGUUCAGAUGGGACCCUAAAUUUCAGUCCUUGGUUGUUCAUGUUAAUAAAACCAUUAGCUUGAUUGAAAA